UGUCAGCUCCUGCACACUGCUUUGUAUGGCUCUGCAUAGCACAGCAAUACAAAGCAGUGUGCUUACAGUUGAAAGCACACACAGCACAUAUUUAACCCUUUGAUCACCCCACAUGUUAACCCCUUCCUGCCCAGUGUCAUUAGUACACUGUCAGUGAUUUUUAUUAGUACUGAUCACUGUAUUGGUGUCACUGGGGAUGUCAGUGACACCAAGUCAGUUCCCCCCAGUGUCAGAAUGUCUGCCGCAGUCCUGCUAUAAGUCGUUGAUUGCUGCCAUUACUAGUAAAAAAAAAAAAGAAAAACAAAUCCCAGUAUAUAUGCCGCCAUUUGUAAACGCUAUAACUUUCAUGUAAACCAAUUCAUUUA